AUGACACUGGAAGACUUUGAGAAGGAGUUGGCAGAGCAGAAAGAGGCGGAGAAGAGACGGGAGAGGCGCAAGGAACACGAGAAGUCCGAACACAGGCACCGACACCAUCACCAUCACCGAAAUUCUCGACACCGCGACUCGCAUUACGAUGACGAAGACGGUCACCGGUCAAAGAGAACGAGACACUCAAGAGACGAGGAAGGGUCGGAAAGUAGACAUAGGCACAGACAUCACCGCCGCAGUAGAGGAGAGGAGGACACAGAGGAGGACAAGCCACCUGCAACAAGCUCAGGUUCGGGCGAAUUGAAGCGUGAUGCCUGGAUGGAGACUCCUUCGGCGCUCGAUAUCGACUAUGUCCAGAGGAAAAGACCCAAACCCUCGCCGCAGCCGAAGUCUGGUUCUCUAGAAGCUGACUUUGAGCUGAAACUGCAUGAAAGAGAAAUCAACCAUCACCUGCGGGAUCUCAAGAACGGCACUCCCACCAACGAGCUCGAAGCCGAACCAGCCAGCCACGAAGUUGAUUACACAUUUGGAGAUGCUGGCUCUCAGUGGCGUAUGACCAGGCUAAAAGGCGUAUAUCGGCAAGCCGAAGAAACAGGCCGCAAGGUGGAGGACGUUGCCUUGGAACGCUACGACAGUCUACGAGAAUUUGAUGACGCGAGGGAGGAAAGGAUCGAGUUGGACCGCCGCAAGACCUACGGUGAUGGCUAUGUGGGCAAGGACAAGCCCAGCGGAGAGCUGUUCCAGGAGCGGAAGAUGGAUGCCGGUUUCAAACGACCUCAUCCACGAGAAACUGAGACCAGUCCAGACCGAGUUCUUGAGCAGAUUCCUGUCGCGACAACCAAUGCCACUACCCGGAAGGUUGACCAGACUACGCUGAACAAACUCAAGGCACAACUCAUGAGGGCUCAAAUGCGGAAAGACCCUAAAACCGCGGACUUGGAAAAGGAGUACGCCGAAGCGCUUGCUGCGUUCGAGUCACAGGAUCCCACGAUAAUCACCCUAUCCGCCAUGGAUAACCGCAUGCUCUCAUCCGCGCCUCGGAAUGAAGUCAAAGCUGUGCAGAACCGCCGAGGAGUUGAACGCGGCCAAGUCGAGGAGAACGAAGACAUGAGCAUUGAAGACAUGGUCCGUGAAGAACGCCGCACACGCGGACAGCAAGGAGGCGAGGGUCUGCGGAUGGCGGAGCGGAUAGCCAAGGACGCCAAAUUUGGCAAUGACCUUGAUUACCUCGACGAGAAUGCCGAAAAACUGGCCAAACGGGUACACAAGUCCGAUGUCAGCCUCCGCAAUGUCGCCAUCAAUGAGUAUCAAAAACUCAAUAGGAUCUUGGAGAACUGUCCGCUCUGCUAUCACGAAGAUACGAAGACACCGCCUGUCGCUCCUGUCGUGUCUCUCGCGACAAGAACAUACCUCACUCUCCCGACCGAACCAGAACUCUCGCCCCAGUCCACCAUGAUCGUGCCAACCGAACAUCGCACAAAUCUCCUCGAAUGCGACGACGACGAAUGGGAAGAGAUCCGCAACUUCAUGAAAUCGCUCACGCGCAUGUACCACGACCAGGGUCGCGACGUCAUCUUCUAUGAGAAUGCUGCGUUUCCGCACAGGAAGCCGCACGCAGCGCUUUCUGUCAUACCGCUUCCUUACAGCCUGGGAGAAACCGCACCGGCCUUCUUCAAAGAGGCCUUUCUGAGCACAGAAGACGAGUGGUCCCAGCACAAGAAGAUUAUUGACACCUUGGCAAAAGCCAAGUCUGGCGGAUUGGGCAAACUGGCGUUCCGGAGGAGUCUGGUGAAAGAAAUGCCAUAUUUCCACGUCUGGUUCGAACUGGAUGGCGGCAUCGGACAUGUGGUGGAGGACCAGGAACGGUGGCCCAGAGGCGAUCUAUUCGCGAGAGAGAUCAUUGGCGGCAUGCUUGGGUUAGAACCGGAUGUGAUCAAGAGGCAAGGACGGUGGCAUAGAGGGACAGACAAGAGGGUCGAGGAUUUUAGAAAGACGUGGAGGAAGUUUGACUGGACUAGGGUGCUGACUGAGGGCGGUGCAUAG